AUGGUCGUGGUUAAGACAGGACAGGAAACCAGUGCUCUGUGUGUCGGGAGCUACCUGUCAUCCAACCUCUUCUUCCAGCGUCUUGACUCCUUUGUGGCUCCUAUCCUGCCCACCGCCUCUAUCAAGGACAUAAUCGAUACUGAUCAUCUCCCUUCCAUUAUCCCACCUCUUGUCCUUCUCUUCCUGCUCUUCACGACCACCAGUCGCUUCAGCUACAACUAUCUGACAGGCUCGAUGCCCAAGCCCAGUGCCGCCCUCAAGGUUCUCGACACGCAGGCCAACUUCCUCUCAGGCACUUUCCCCACGGCCACACUAGCCUGCAACACUCGCCUCAACUGCUUUGCCAACGCCUCAGGCUGCUUCAACCUGGAUGGAACGGAACAGAGGACAGCAGCAAACUGCAGCAUUUGUGGGUCAACACAGAAGAAGCUGGGGCUGUGCGGAGGUGGCACUUGUUUGCCUGUCCUCCCUUCUUCCCUCGCUAAGGUUCCCAACAGUGCUGCUGCCCCCACGCUCACCAUGACAUGUGCUGCCGUGCCCCUUGAUGCAGCCUCUGGUAAGCCCCCUCCCUCUCUUCCCUCCUACCACACAUGGAUGCUGGCGGCACUGUUGAAGCUAGGGGCGGCUCUUGGGGUCAGAGACACGGACCGGCGCAACGGCAGCAAGUGCAACAUUGAGGGGCAGAGCGCCAACCCCAAGUCGUUUCCGGGCGUGUGGUGCAGCGCCAACGGCACUGUCCUCAACAUCACGUUGCCCAACAAGGCACUGAGGGGCAUCAUCCAUGCCGACAUCUCCAAGCUCACUGCCCUCUCCUACCUCGAUCUGUCCUACAAUCUCUUCUCUGGUCAGCUCUCCAAGUUCGUCUCCACUAUGCUGCCGCUCACCACCAUGGCCACUCUCCGGCUGGGAGCGAACUACCUGACGGGCAUGCUGCCAGCCAUGGCCACGCAGCUGCUGGUACUGGCCAUCGCCAGCAACCUCCUGGCGCGCGCCUUCCCCACGCAGCCCUUCCAGCUGUGCGACAUCCGCAGCAACUGCCUCCCCUCGCCGGGCUCCUGCACCAACGAUGCCUGUGUGGCUCAGCGCACCUCCGGCUGUGUCUUCUGUGGUUCCGCCACGGGCGCCCCGCCUUUCUGUGCGGGCACCACCUGCACUCCCGAUGUCGCUGCUCCCCUCGCCGCUGGCACUGUGAACAACCUUAAUGCCACCCUCCCAACAAUGUUCUGCAAGGCCGUUGCAGUGGAUGAUAACUCUGCGCUGGUGCUGCUGGCACUGAGGGCGGGGCUGGGCGUGAGUGCUCUCAGCUGGGAGGUGGACUCGCCCUGCACACUGGCGGGCAACGCCCCUGCGGUGGACAGCUGGACGGGCGUCGUCUGCGACCUCUCGGGCCAAGUCCUUAGCCUCAACGUGGCGUCCAACCUCUUGGAUGCGCGCAUUAGCGAGUGGGCUUUGCCUCUCACCGGCCUCAAGGCACUCAAGCAACUGUCUCUCAACUACAACUGGUUCUCCGGCCCUCUGCCCUCUUUCCUCCUCACCAUGUCCUCCCUCUCAGCGCUCAACGUGCAAUUCAACUACCUCGCUGGUCCCAUCACCGGCACCCCCUCUGCCUCCCUCAAGUCCCUCAACGUCGCCUCCAACCUUCUCACGGGAAACUUCCCAGCAUCUUCCACCACCGCAUGUGAUGCACGCAGCAACUGCCUAGCAGACUCCUCCAAGUGCCUUGCCUCUGGCUCCUCCUCCCAGAGGCUUGCCUCUGACUGCAACGUCUGUGGUUUGGGGAGUUCCAGUGCGGUUGUGUGCAAUGGAGGGGUGUGCACCCCUGACACUACCGAGCCAGUGGCAGCAAUCACGCCUGAUAAUGCCUCCGCUGCUCUGCUGCCCAUGCAGUGCUCGGGUGUGCGCAUUGACGCCACUGCAGUUUCAGUGCUUGGGAGUCUCAAAGCGGCACUUGGGGUUCCUCUCCCUGACUGGGGUGUGAACUCCCUGUGCACGGUGGUCAUUGUUGUUUCCGGAGUCAGCAGCUCCUCCCCUCACCCGAGGGACUUGGGAGGCGUGCUGUGCAGCCCGGCCGGUGCUGUUGUGGAGAUCAACCUCAACACGCGCCAGCUGGCUGGGUCCAUGCAUGCAGAUAUCUCCAAGCUCACUGCGCUCACUGCUCUGGCUUUCUACUCAAAUUAUUUGGCUGGUCGCUUGGAUGCCUUCACUGCGCCCUUCAAUGCUCUCUCCAGCCUAGUGAAUCUUCAACUGCACUACAACUACCUGUUUGGGCCCAUCCCCUCGGCUCUAUUCGGUCUCAAGAGCCUAUUCACACUGAGUCUGGGCUCCAACUAUCUCACUGGGAGCGUUCCUGUGCCAGGCACUUCCCUGAAGCACCUGGACCUCAAAAACAACUACCUCGUGGGAACCUUCCCAACAGGUUCCUGGCAGUCCUGCUCGGCACUCACGAACUGUUUCGCGAAUGCUGCUGCUUGCACGGCGGACAGAGGCAAAGGGACUGUUCAGAGAGCCACGUGCAGUAUCUGCGACAGUGCCGAUGGCACGGGGGUGUUGUGUGGCAGCGGUGGUGCGUCCACCUGCCAGCCCACAGCUGCUUCCCUCGCAUCCCUCUCAACGAUCAACAGCCCCUCUACACCUGCACUCCCUAUGGAGUGCUCCUUGCUGCCGGCUGUACCCGUCAACUCUACUGCCAUGGCGGCGCUGCUGAGCAUCAAGACAGCCUUGGGAGUGACGCACACAGGGUGGGCGGCAGGUGCUGUCUGCACGCUGGCAGGGACAGGUGGCACUGUAGCGAGUGGGAGCUUGACGGGUGUGGAGUGUGACUCAGCUGGCAACCCCGUCAAGAU